CAGCGAACGAAGUGUCCGCUUUUAAGUGUCGUUUCUGAAGUAAAAUUAAACGAAAAUCUUUUUCUUUUAAUUCGUGCCAUAUGCGUCUUAUAUUUUGUUAGUCUCCAGUACUGUUUUUAACUUUUUUACAUUAUGAAUAGGUCAAAUUCUAAACGUAAUUAACCGAGCAGAUACAAAAUGAAAGAUUAUUUUUCAACACGAUAUUAGAGAGACGUACAUUUACUUUGGAUAGACUACCUUUGAGGAGAGCAGUUUUCUUUCUGAGAGGAUCUGAAACGUGAAGUUUAUAUUUGGAAAUGAACCCGGUUAAUGUCGGCAGAAUGAACGCAUCCGACCUCGGAAACCCGGUGUAUGAGUUUGCGUUGUACGAGGCUCCGCUGUAUAAGGAUUAUAAACCACCUGCCAGAGACUUCAUCCAGAUCCCCAGGACGGUACUGUACCUCAUGAUGGCCGCUGUGGUGGUGGUCGCGGUCGCUUAUGCCAUUGUGGGACAUUUAAUUAAAGACCUCGCCCAUGACAUCUUAGAUUGGGCUUUGGGUCCGGAUGAGGAGAUUUUAAAGGGCAGCAGUGAGGCAGGUGAGGACACCACCGUCACCCACAUGCCCUCAGGCCUCACACACUCUCAUCCCAACGCCUUCCACGUGUGGGAUCAGGAUGACGUGGUCAUCCCUCUCUCUCUGGAGCACAAUCCCCAGGUCAGCCCUUUUCAGGCUGUCAUUCCCUUUAUUCCGCAUUUCUUCCCAUCUCACAGCGUGAUCAACAGCCCCGCACCUCAGAUCCAGUGGGGGGAAACCAAGAGCCCCAACAGGAUUCCACAAGAGGCCUACGUUUUUCCCUCCCCGAAAAACACAGGACAGCGCUGUGCUUUCUCAAACGUGUCAUUCCAUGACAGGAGAGAUGACAAAGUGUGACUGGAAAAGCAAUCACACAGUGAAAUGAAUGCGCUUAUUCUGCGAACUGUUCAUCACAGACAUUUAACCUAAACGCCUCCACAAUAGAUUCAAUCAACAAAGGUGUUGUUUACUUUAUUUUACUCUUUGACUACAAACGUUUGGUCCCUUCGUAUCAUGUGAUGAUAAAAGGCAUAACCUCAUAACACAUGUUGCUGACCCUAAACAAACUCCAUAAGCCUCAUUACCUGCCCGUGUUUGCCAGGUAAUAAAAGGACAGGACGAGAGACCGCAGGUUUGUGCCAAACCUCGAGCUGUGCUUUCAAGUUCAUCUUCUUAGGCCACAAUAUCCUCUGAACAGUUCAUCACAGGACAACUAACAAGCAGGUUAUAGAUGCGCACAGAAAUGUUAUAGAAAAUAAAACUACACUUGUGUGUUGAGCGUUCACAAGCCAGUAAAACCGGAUUCAUGCGGAAUCGAAACUGAGCAAAUGCUAGAUCACACGCUUGGAUUAAUUUCUUUGAAAUAAAUUCCACUUACAUGCAUUUGAUACGUCGCCCAUCAGUGAUUUCAAUAUACAUUUUAUCGGAGGAUGUUUUCUAGGAUAUCAAACCCAUGAUUUUUGUUUUCUAACAACGUUCCAUUUUUUCUUUGUGCAUACUUGCAUACUCCUGAUCCGCGUGUGAUGCCCCAUUACAGUCGUGCUUGAGGUCCACUGAAUGUGAUUCUAAAUAUUGUCUGCAUUAAAGGAUCAUCUUAACUCCGGUCAGGUGCAGGUGUUAAAGUGUUAAGUAAGGAUGACAUUAGAUUAAACAUCUCUUUCUGCCCUGUGACUGGGCACAAAUUUCAACUUGACUGGCAUCUACAAGUGUUGUACAGUUUGUGUUUACAUCUCUGGUAAAGGUUACAUUCCAGUAUUGUUAAUGUUUUAAACAUAUUUAUGCAUCUUUUCUGUAUAAACAUGCAGUACUUGUUCAUUUUUGUAUCGUUUGGGUGC